AUGUGUGUGUGUGUGAUACAAUUUUAAUCAUCAACCACCAAAGCUAAACCCAAAACAAAACCACGAUGACGACGAGGUUGUUCUGCGCUCUCGCUCUCUCUCAAGAUUACUUGCCGGAUAAAGAAAAGCAUACUCGGUCGCUGAGGCAGGAUCAGUUCGAGAGAUUCAACUCAACUGCACUCUCGCUCAGUUCUUGACGGCGCAUGCCUUCGAUCCAAAUGUGCCAGUCGUCUGUGCGACCGAUUCAAAUCAGUCUCCGAUCACGAUUAGCUCGGUUGUGUCGUUUGUGAUUCAGUUGAGAAGAGCAAGAGAAACAAUUAAACAGGUUCUUCUUUGCACGAUUAAGCCCGUGUAGCGGUGUUGUUCGGUCGCGUUCCGAAGCAAGGAUUCCCGACGGCUUCGCCGAAGAAAAGUGUGCACCGCCACCAAAGAGACUUAGAGACUAUAGUUCAACGGCAUCUUGAAACGACGGUUCCCAACUACACCUAGUAGUGUCGACGCGUGUGGGUAACUGAGUUUUCGCGAGGGUCGGUCGUGCAUGCUAGUGAGUGUAAUGUCAAAGGGUAGGGUCGUUCGUCGCCAUCGCUGUCAUCUGAACGUGUUCGGAUUGCGAAUCGAAUGCAAUCUACGACAAACUUACCCGUUUAUCCGAUCGAUACCGACACAUAUAAAAGAUACUCAACUAAGCAAACUUUUACCUCACAAAUAUAUCUGACCCAAAGUCAGUUGAACAGCGUCAGUCGUGAGGACAUUUCUCGCCAAAUCGUUUACAAACCCACAGUUACGGCGGCAGAAGCAGUAGCUUGCACCGAUCAAGAAUACGAUUUGUGGCAUAAGGGCAUGGUAUAUUUUCUGGGUGAUUGGGGCAUGGGAGAUAUUGAACGUACUACGGCGCAACAUGUCCCUACAAAUUUGCAACAACUUAAUUUCCACAACCAUACCGGCAACCAUCAGCAGCAGCAGCAGCAGCAGCAACAACAACAACAGCAACUUCUGCAUCCGCAACAGCAACAACAUGAACAUCAGCUUCAGCAGUCGCGAUCUGUGCAGUACAGCAAUGUUGCCCAGCUACAGCAAACCAUUUUGCCCACAAACACCGGCCCGCACCAGCCCCAUCGUUACGACCGGUCGACUGUUGCCGGUGCAUUCCAUGUAACGAAAAGUGACAAUCUCUCGACGUAUUUGAAGGAGGUUCAUCAGCAGCAGCACCGCGCUCAGCAGUUGGAAGUUCGGCAAAACAACGGCAAGCACAUUAACGGCAGUUUUCAACAGCAUCAUCUACUGCGCAUCGGCUCUGGAGAACACCAUGAACAGCAGGACCUUCGUCACCUUACCCAGCAGAGUCUGCACUAUCAUCAGCUUCAGCAGCAAAAGCAGCGCUCACACCAUGAUGUCGAAAGCGACGAGGACGAGAUCGCUCUGUAUCCUCUCAACAAUCAGGUUGGCGGCCACACGAGGCUACUGUUGCUAAAUCAGAGCACUGUGAUCAAGCCCCUUAACCUUCGCGAACUUGAGUUCUAUCAAAACAUUCCCAGCGAUAUACAGCAAUUUGUUCCAAAGUACCGAGGUGUGAUGCAAGCAACGACGAUGGGUGGAUCCAAGCUUGAGAAGCGUUACUCACCCAGCUUCCGCGAUGAUCCUGUCCGAAAGACUGCAGCAUCGAAAAGAAAGCGCGAAGAAGUGUUACGGAUGAAAAUACAUAAAAAUGGAAUACCUUCCGAAGUGUUAAAAAGUAUUGCACAGAUAGACAACUCUAACAAACAAUAUUUUUUGAUGCUGGAAAACAUUACUUCUGCGUACCGGAACCCAUGUAUACUGGAUCUGAAGAUGGGCACCCGCCAGCACGGUGAUGACGCAUCGGCAGAGAAGCGCAGCAAGCAAAUGGCAAAAUGUGCGGCCAGCACUUCCGCCUCGCUCGGCGUGCGGCUGUGCGGCAUGCAGGUUUAUCAGGCAAAUCUUGAUCAUUACAUGAAGCGCGACAAGUACUGGGGCCGGGAACUGACCGAGGACGGGUUCAAAGGAGCGCUACACAACUUCUUCCACAACGGCUAUCGGUUACGGGUGAAGGUCAUAGCGAAGGUGCUGGGCAAAUUGGAGCAGUUGCGGCGCGUAAUAGAGAAACAGUCGAGCUAUCGCUUUUACUCCUGUUCCCUGUUGAUCGUGUACGAAGGAUUCGAAGAGAUGCCCGCACCCAACACCAGCGACUACCAUUUGCUCGAAACGGAAUCGAACUCGUGCUGCUACGAUGCGGACGCGUCGAACAGCUCAAUCGAGCAGUACCUGCUGUCCUCUUCGAACGAAGAAUCGCCGAUACCGUCGAACAUCAGCGCGUCGUCCCACACGGAUCAACGUCCCUCGUUAUCGUCCAUGGCCACGGCAAUAGCUGCAAUGGCAGCAGCAACCAAGGCAACCACCCUCACCACCGCCAAUCCAAUGCCUCCACCGCCGGUGAUAGCUACGGCACGCGCCGACGACGGCACGAGUAGAGACAUUUUCGCCGACCAUCACUUCCGCAGCGUGGUGACGGACGAUGAUAACAACCGGCAAAGAUCACAGAUCACUGGCAGCAGCAGCAGCAGCGAUCCAGAGACCAAACUGGCGCCCUUUGUUCCGAUAUCGGAAGAAACGAUCUACCCGGGAGGGCCAACGGACGAACGGUCUUCGUCGCCGAGUGAUGCCAUUCCGAUGCGAACGGAUGCGUGCGGCACAGUCCAAACGCUCACCAGUUCCAGCCCCCACUCGAUGGACUCGUGGAUGAACUACAGCAGCAACAGUAACAGCAGCAGCGACGACUACGCUUCAGCCUUCGUUUUGCCGAACCACCUGCAAAGUUCGUCCGCCGUUACGCAACCGGAAGUGGAUUGCAGCUUCGGUGCUGCUGGUGCAGCAGAUUGUGAUCGGCUGCUCGGUGGAGCAGCAGAAGACCGCAGGGUAACAAACACCGGUGUCGUGGACUUUAGCACCAGUAUUAAGUUCGGCCACAACAAACUCGUGGAGCAGAGCAGCAAUAUUAGUAAUAAUAACAACAACAGUGCACUGAAUGGCACGAACGCACGCGGCGACAGCGGCGGUACGAAGAUGGAGCUGACCGAUGAGGGUACCGGUCCGGUCGAACAUGCAAGCACGUUCGAAGAGGAAGGACAGCAUGACAACUCCGACGCCGGCUACCACGAGGACGAAGAGGUGGACGACGAUGAUGAGGAGGAGGGCGAGGUGGACGACGAGGAGGAGCGGCAGCUGCUGCGACAGAAACUGCUAGCGGGCAACAACAGUUCCAAGCGGUUGCGUGGUAAGGACAGCUGCUGUACCACCGCCAGUUCUGCCGUGUCCGGUAGUGUCAACAUUACCGGCAACAGCAACAGACCGAGCGACGGGCCUUGCUCGAUACCGUUGCGCCGGAAGCUUAGUUCCAAAUCCAAAUCUGGAUCGUUCGGUGGUAACGCGGGCAGUGCACCCGGCGCUGGGAGCGGUUCCUCCGGUGGCACGUUGGCGGACGUGCGAAUGAUCGAUUUCGCGCACACGACCUUCGAGAUCAAGAACGGAGGCGCCUCGCUGUGCAGCAACACGAACGUGAAGGUGCACCACGGCCCGGACAGCGGGUUCCUGCGCGGACUCGAUAGCCUUAAGCGCAUCCUGUCGGAAUUGUGCGAAGAGUACUAUUGAGGCUUGUUGUUGAAGCCACAAGCUGGAUGAAAGACAUGAAGCGAUCGAGGACGGGCACAUAGUGCUGAUACGAUGACUCGUACGAUGGAGCUGUUUAUAGGGUAGCAUGUAGUAAUGUAGGGAAGGCGGAAUCAUUACGUGCAAUUCACGGUAUGCGAUUAAGAGGCACGUUGGUGCGCCAUCGAUCAGUACCCCAACAGGACUCACAGCAAUGUGAUCGUUUUAGCUAUCGUAUACUUUCGAUUCGGUUUUAUAUAUGAGUUCCCUUUUCUAGAUUUUAAAUUUAAAUUGCUCAAAAUAUUCGUCCGGAUAUUUUGCGUCCCAUCAGCGCUGCUCCGCUCUGGUCUGUGUCUUUUUUCGUCUUUGUUGGUACGGUUGUUACAUUGUGUGUGCGUGUGAGUGCUUUGGCGAUAGCAAUCGCUACAGUUCCACGCAGGUGCGUAUGUGUGCGUGUAUAGGAGGCAUUGACAAAUGUUGUUGUUGCUGUUGUUGUCAACGUAUCGGGUGAUUAGGAGUUAGGGAAUGAUAUUCAUAAUCUCGGACUGUAGCUCGGACAGAUAGUGAUAGUGAGAGUAAUAGUAAGAGAUAGCAAUGGCGGUUAGCAGGAUCGGUCGCGUGGCUUCUCUUCCGGUUCGACUGCUCGCCGUGUGCUCGCAAAACAACAAAACAAAAAGAACGGAAAAGAAGAUGAAGGGAUUAUUGUGAUACUGAAAAGCAUUUGUUUUGUCGAUCCCCGACCUCACCGCCCUGCCACUCACUCACAACCCAAACCACCUAGCAGAAGCCAACCUAGCCUAGCCGACGCAUCCCCCUCGAUUAAGUUUAGUUUCAUCUCGCUCAAUGUGUCUUUCGUACGGUUUUAGCUGUUAUGUGUCGCAUGUUGGUGUCGUCGUCGUAAGCAGUUUCGUGUGUGUAUUUAAGUGAAGAUAAAGGUGGUUUAAAAUAUGAUAGUACAAUCUUGCAAAUGUUCUUUUUUUAUUUGUGUCCCCAUUCUGUUUCGUCCGUAGGUUUUGUUUGCCAUAGGUAUGCAUCUUGUUGGUGAAUGAAGGCGUUCCUCUUCAAGAGAUAAACAAAAAAAAAACCGUCGCGGAUAGGAUAUUGCAAUUUUGGUUUGUACUUACGGCACGCAAAGAAAGCAAGGCGCAUUAUUUCUAAAUUGUCCGGAACUUCUUAUUAAGGAUCUGUGAGCGAACAGCACGCACGCACAUACGCAAACACCACGUAGUACAAUCAGCCAUGGUCGAUUUAGGCUUUUUUUUCCGCGUCAAAUUACUUCUCGAUCGCUUGAUCGAUCGCGGUACGUGUGAUUUUGCCCUCAACGACUCAAGAAAUUGUGUCGCACCCUUGUCGUUAACAAUUUCCCGGUAGAACCACUAGAGCCGCUCCCGUUAGUCAGUAUUACGAUAUCUGCAGGGUAGUAUGGGGAAGUAUUGUUUGUGGUGAGAAGAUCUCGUUGAUGGUAUGCGUUCAGUUUCGUGAUUGGUAUGAUGGGUAUCCUUGUUAUUAUAAUGGCAGGAAAUGCGUAGACUUUGCACAAAACCUUAAUUGUACUUUUAAGCUGCAGCAACGGGUGGGCGAAGAAAGGUACAAAUGUUUAUAUACAUAUAUAUAUACACAUAAACCUACAACAACUCUACCGUGUAGCUUAUCUUCUACUUCCGCAAACCUUCAAAGUUUGUGUGGUUGUGUUUAGUUUAGAUCAACCCCUUGUGAUGAGCAGCGCAAAACGAAACUGCAAAGGGAUUUGAUUUUGUAGUCGACUAUUGGCCCACGUGGUCGAUUCGUUGUUGCCCCCAGCCUUCCGUUCUGCUAACUCACACACAUUCACAAAUACACAUUGCUCCUCGCGUUCGCGUAAUCUGUAAGAAUGUGUAAUUUAUUGUCACACAAAUAUUUGAAAAUAGUUUUAUCCUCACGUGUAAAUUACAAUAGAUAAGAAAGCGUCGAACGAACGUCGGCGUCGGCAUAAAAAAAACCGUGGACAGCACAGCACGCACAACCAUAAAACAGAUACAGAUUAAAUAAGCCUAAUCUCAUACAGAUCGAUACAGUAGAGUUGACGAAAAAAAAAACAAAAGAACACGCACCGAUCAGUGCAUUUUAAAGCAAAAUUUGAAAUCCAGUUUCUCUGUCGUUCUUAUACUUUGACAACAAGCAUAAAAAUGUUACCAAAACAAAUCGAACGGACAUGUAACGUGUUAGCAAUACUAAUUGGUACUCCUCUAGAGUUUUGCGAUUCUAUUGUUCCUGCUGCUGCUGCUGCUGCUGUUUGCUAGACUUUGCGGCGGAUUGCAUAAAAUUCGCAUCAACAAAUCCAAUCCAAACGUAUUGUUAUGCGGAGCUGCGCAACAAUAACAUUGUUUCCAAGCAGCUCUAUUUGAAUUUGGCAGAGCUAAGGGCGCUAGAAUUAGCAACAGUAAACCAUAACAUCCACUCUUAAUAGAUAAACACAUUAGCAUUUGAGAAUUUUUGGAAAACGUUUGUGCUGCAGCAACGUAAAGGACGGACGGCUUUGCAUUACAAUAUUUGAAUAUAAGAAAAAAAAAGGACACAACAAUCUGCAUAUAAAUAAAGCGACAAAACACAAGCAUAAGGUUAGUUGUGUGUGUGUGCGCGCGAUUGCGAUCGUGUUAAUUUAAAUGUUUGGCAAACAAGUGUAAAGUUCCCGGCAACAGUGGAGUGGAGUGAAGGACGUAUUUAUUUGUAACAAAGCUAAAAACAAGACGAAGUCGUCUUGCAGGAUCGACCUAUGCAGAGGAUGGUGUAUGUAAUCGAGCGAGAGAGAGAGAGAGAGGGAGGGGGGGGGGUGCGAGAAGAAAUCCACGAAGGAAAUGGAGGACAUAUAAUUAAAAAUACAACAACAAAAAACUGUACCAUCAACAUGCAUUGAUUUGAAGACCUGAAUAAAGAUUUAAUAAUUUUGAAA